AUGUUCGGUCGAUGGCGUCCACGCGUACAUCUGAUCGCACCACGGGGAUGGCUCAACGACCCAUGUGCUCUCGGCCACAACCCAUCGACUGGAAAAUACCACGUCGGCUUUCAAUGGAACCCCUCCGGCUGGAACUGGGGCAACAUUUCCUGGGGCUCAGCAACAUCCGAAGACCUGAUCAACUGGAAAGUGUCAAACACGCCUUCUAUCGCUCCCUCUGCCACCGAGGACAUCGCUGGAGUCUUCACGGGCGCAAUAACGGAAGCGAGGCUACCGAGAGAGGGCUCCAAAGACCAUUUGUCGUGUUUCUAUACGUCUGCGCAGGGGUCGAACAUCCAUUAUACUCGACCCUACGAGAGGGGCUCUGAGAAACUUUAUGCGGCGACGUCAGUCGAUGGCGGACUAUCAUGGCAAAGGUCUCCCAGCAAUCCAAUCGUGCCUGGUCCACCGAAACAUCUCUCGGUGACUGGCUGGCGAGAUCCGUAUACCUUUCGCAACGCACAAUUCGACAUCGAAAGAGGCCUGCAACCUGGCUCGACUCUGUAUGGAAUCAUCUCUGGCGGUGUACGAAAUCAAUCACCCACGAUCUUUCUAUACGCAAUCGACGAAGCAGAUCCCACUAACUGGACAUUUCUGUCUACUCUUCUGGAGCCCGGACUGAAUCUUUGCACCACGGCACUCGGUGGGGAUUUUGGCGUGAAUUGGGAAGUCGCGAAUAUAGCCACCCUCCAUUAUCAAAGGGAAAAGGCAUUCACUGUGCUCGUUGUAGGCGUCGAAGGCUGUAAAGUCACAGACGCCCGAUCUACUACAAACUCACCACAACCGAUACCCAGAUCUGCACGCACAGGACGCAGUCAACGCUGGCUCUGCGGCAAACCAUCUUGCUCAAGCGAUGAAAUCAAGCUUCAACAUGAAUUUUCCGGCGUACUAGACUGGGGUAUCUUCUACGCUGCAAACUCGUUUUUCGAUCCGAUCACCAAUCACCGCGUGCUGUUUGGCUGGAUACUAGAGGAGGAUUUGAGUGAUGAGUUGAGAGAGCAGCAAGGAUGGAGUGGAUGUAUUUCUUUGCCUCGUGUGCUGGCUAUGCAGACGAUUUAUGGCGUCGAUGUUGCAUGUAAAGGUGUUUUGGAUAAAGUGCCGGGCUUUACUUAUAAAGAAAAUGGGAAAGGAAGGCUGAAGGUGACGACAAUUUGCUGUAAACCUGCGCCGCAGCUCAAGGUUCUGCGCUAUGGGGAUGCGGUGGCAAUGGUAUCUCUGGCGCGAUUCGAGAGUCUUGAAGAUGUGCGAGGGGAUACCGAUGCGACUCUUCGAGUCCCUGGACUGCCAAGUCUAGAACUCGAUAUUCUCUUUACGUUCGACAACGAAAAUGUCGACCAUCUCGGCAUCGACAUCUUCCACUCCUCGGAUCACAAAUGCUGCACACGCAUCCUGUUCUCGCCCUCUGACUCCCUCAUCACCAUCGAUCGCUCCCACUCCCGCUCCUCCUCCGAUGCAAAAGAGAUAUCCCUGCAUGAUGAGGUCGCUUACCAUGCUUUCCUCUCCACGCACUCCUCCACAACCAGCCGCUCAUCAAGACCUGAAGAUCUAGAAAUCAGACUGUUCUUCGACGUCAGCGUUGUAGAAGUCUUCAUCAACAACCGCACAGUGCUAACGACAAGGGUGUAUCCCGAGUCUGGGAAAUGCUUUGGCGUUAUGCCUUUUGUGGCGGGCAAGGGCAAAGACGGGGUAGAGAUGAGCAGGUGCGAGGUUUGGGAGUCGAGGGCUGAGAUUGGUUGA